AUGGCAAAAGCCGAUGGUCGGAAGGCGGUAAAUCCAAGAGUUCUGGAUUGUCUUGCCGCCCUGGGUGUUUACCAAGAAGGUGCCAUGACCAACAAGGUCAAAGACAGACCCGUCACUGCGCAUGUUUUCGAGUACACCACUAGUUUCGCUCUAGAUGCGGAUCUUCACUUCAAAUAUCCUGACAAGGGUAUCGUUCCUUGUCAGAUUAUCUUUUGCCUCAAAGAGAAGAAUCCCAACGUCUGCAUCCUUCUUGAUGUGGGAACCCGACCCGAGCCAAAGUCCUUGUACUACCUGUGGAAAUCUUUCGAUCUGAACUCCAAUGUCGGAGGAGCUUGUGGGGAAAUUGCCACUUUCAAGGGGAAAACAUGGCGAAUUGCGGCACAAUGCUUCGAGUAUAAAAUGUCGAAUAUUCUCGAUAAACCCAUGGAAAGUUUGUUUGGUUAUUGUACGGUGCUUCCGGGUGCUUUUUCCGCAUAUAGGCUAAUAUUACCUGGCCGAAGAUCGUAUCCUUUGUUUCGAGAUAGUCGCGAAGAAGAAAGCCAAUUGGGUUUUGAAAUUCGUCAAAUCUGCUCUCAGCGAAGAAGGUGCGUCUAUUGUGAUGAGGUUUGUGCUAAUAUUCAGAUGGCUGAAUGGCUCAUUCUUUGCUGCUGUCUACUCGCUCAUGCACGUCGCACAAAUUUGGCGGUCGGACCAUUCUUUGCCGAGGAAACUCGUACUGAUGGUGGAAUUUGCGUACAACGCUUUGAACUUGAUGUUCUCUUGGUUUUCUCUCGCGAAUUUUUACAUCUUCUUUUAGCAUGUUUCAUAUUUGGUAUGGGAAAUCGGCCUCAAGGUUCACCAUGGAAAUACAAGUCGACUAUCUACUUCUUUGCCGUCCUAACGACAUACAUGUUGGUGGCUGCUGUUCUAUGCACGGUACAGGCAAUCAAGAAUUUUGACAGUCCUAUAUUCAGUCGCAUGGUGGUGUCUCUGGUCUCGACAUAUGGUGUUUUCGUAGCGAGCAGUUUGUUAGCACUGGAUCCUUGUUCAUUCUAUUCUCGCCAACUCAAUGCUUACGCAUACUCCAAUCUUCAUGACCUUUCCUGGGGAACAAAGGGAUCUGACUCUAUUCAGGAGAGCGAUCUCGGAGCGAUUCAAGGUGUUGGUAAACAUGUCCAAGUGGAGCUUGUGUCCGCACAACAGGACAUUGAUAUCGCUUACCAAGACGCACUGGAUAACAUCCGAUUGAAGGGGACUCGCCUGACCGAGGAGGAGUCAGGGGGGAAGAAGGAUAACUCAGAGCAGGAUCAGAAGGAUGUUUACGCAAACUUCAGGACCAAUUUGCUUCUCGGUUGGUCGCUGUCAAAUGCCCUCUUGGCGAGCGUCAUCAUGUCGGGAAGUACUUCUUCCACAUUUGACUCGGCGGGUAAUUCGCGUACUGCGAUCUAUAUGCUGAUCAUCUUGGUAUUUGUCGCCGGAAUGGCAUUGUUCCGUUUCCUGUGUUCAACUUUGUACCUUAUAAUCAGGUUGUUUGCGGGGUAG